GUCAUUCAGUGUUCAGUUCUGAGUUUCUCCUCCACAGCUCCGCCUGUUUUCUGGUUAUCAGGCGGUGGCGGUGUAGCAGAGAAGAAGAAAAAGGAAGCAUAUGUCACUUUAUCGCUGACGAAGAAACCCUAACAGGUGCUAUAAGUUGUAAACUGUGGACUAUUUAGCUUUUUUCCAACCACUUCUUUGGAUAGCAUUAAGGGAGUUUUCGCUUACAAAUAAAUUGAAGGGAUUGGCCUGCUUCAAUGCAAAAUGGAGGAUCCUAAAGAUUCAACAGAAUCACAGUUCCUGACGCCAGUAUCACAUGGUCCAUCAAACAACGAUCAAAAUAUAACACCUGAGACUCUUAUUGUAGAUUCUGGUUCAGUAUCCGAUCUUAGUACCAGAAAGCUUGUUAGUGACCAUGUUGACGUAGUCCAGAAUUUGAUUGAAAGGUGUCUGCUGUUGUACAUGAAUAGAGACGAAGUGGUGAGGACACUCUUUUCUUGCGCCCAAAUUACACCUGGAGUUACAAUGCUUGUAUGGCAGAGACUGGAAGAACAAAAUGCUGAUUUUUUCAAGGCCUACUAUUUAAGGCUAAAGCUGAAAGAACAAAUAUUACUGUUCAAUCAGUUACUUGAGCAGCAAGCCUGUCUGAUGAACCAACCAGCACACCAGAAGCUUCCAUUGCCUCAUAUACAAAGUGAAGCUCAUCGCAUGCCUGUAAACAAUUUGCGGAUGGGAUACCCUGUUAACCAGCAGCUCCCUAUUACAUCUAGCGGUCAUCCUCAGAUGGGUUUCACUGGCGGUAUGCCCAGUCAUCAUGCAGCUAGUGAAAUCCCUGCUGCACACAGUUUCCAAAUUCCCCAGCCGCAGCUAGGUUUCAGAAGAGAAAAUUUAGCUAAUUCAGUCCUUCCUAGAAGUGGUAUCAUGAACCCAGAUACUUCUUUUGGCCCUGGAUCGUCAACAGCAUCCGGUGGGCAAUUUGCUUUUGCUUCACCGCAGAUGCUGGAUUGGAAUGUGAAUGCACCCGUGAUCAACUCUAAUCUCCAAUCUCAAUUGGCGCCAGUUCACUCUGCCUUCCCAUCUCAAAUGGCGAGUUCAGAAGGAUUGCAAAUUGGGAUGAAUGCAGAGACGCAUGGGCAGAUGGGAAACUCUGAAGAGUCCUUGCAACAGUUGGAUCCGAUACCUUGGGAUUUUAGUUUCCCAGACCUUGUUUUUCCGGAACUGACAAAUGAGGAAGUUGAGUUCAUCUUUUCUGAUGACAUACCUGGGCCCCCGGUAGCAGCCGUUCAAUCUGGGGAGGAAAAUCCACCCACCAUGCCCGGUGAGAAUAAAUUUUAA